UAGUAGGGGCUUCCAGGACACUGCUCAAGCUCAAGGCUGGCAUCCAUUCCAACUGGUGGAUGCCCAUGCCAUAUCACCUCGACAUCAAGUAGACAUAAGUUAAGUGCCUACAAUGUGUUGCUCUCUCCCUUUUGGCAGGCCCAAGUCUUCUCCUCCCACUAUAGCUCUUAACAGUGCCCUAUGGAUCCAGGUGCCCAGGGAAAUAGGACUACUGUCACGGAGUUCAUCCUCCUUGGCCUAACGGGGGACAUAGGGUUGCAACCCAUCCUUUUUGCUGUCUUCCUCUUUGCCUAUGUAGUCACAAUUGGGGGCAAUCUCAGCAUUCUGGCCGCCAUCUUUGUGGAACCCAAGCUCCACACUCCAAUGUACUACUUCCUGAGGAACCUGUCUCUGCUGGACAUUGGGUGCAUCACGGUCACUGUUCCUCCAAUGCUGAUAUGUCUCCUGGCCCACCAGUGCAGAGUUCCAUAUGCUGCCUGCAUCUCACAACUUUUCUUCUUCCACCUCCUGGCUGGUGUGGACUGUCACCUCUUGACAGCCAUGGCCUAUGACCGCUACCUGGCCAUCUGCCAGCCCCUCACUUACAGCACCCGCAUGGGCCAUGAAGUCCAGAGUGCCCUGAUGGGCAUUUGCUGCACCGUCUCCUUCAUCAAUGCUCUGACCCACACAGUAGCUGUGUCUGUGCUUGACUUCUGUGGCCCCAAUGUGGUCAACCACUUCUAUUGUGACCUCCCACCACUUUUCCAGCUUUCCUGCUCCAGCAUUCACCUCAAUGGACAGUUGCUUUUUGCAGGGGCUACCUUCAUGGGGGUGAUCCCCAUGAUCCUUAUCUCUGUGUCCUAUGCCCACGUCGCAGCUGCAGUUCUACGAAUCCGCUCAGCUGAGGGGAGGAAGAAGGCAUUCUCCACCUGUGGCUCCCACCUCACUGUGGUCUGUAUCUUUUAUGGAACUGGUUUCUUCAGUUACAUGCGUCUGGGCUCAGUCUCAGCUUCGGACAAAGACAAGGGGAUUGGGAUCUUCAAUACUGUCCUCAGCCCCAUGCUGAACCCAAUCAUCUACAGCCUCCGAAACCCUGAUGUGCAGGGAGCCCUGAAGAGGGUGCUUACAGGGAAGAGGCCCCCAGAGUGA